CUGGAUUGUUGGGAACUUUGUGCAAGUGAGUCAACACGGCACACAGGGAGGACGCCACCCAGCCCCGCCGCUGGAUCUACUGCUGGGCUUCUCCUCGGAGGACACAAAGACAACUACUUUUCGACUUCUUAUCGACAACUGUGGAUCUAGUUUUCGCGCACCGGGGAUGUUUAUUGUCGUCUUUAAGCUGCUUUUUCCUCAUUGGAAUUAACGCAGCGGAAAAUGAAAGUGACGGUGUGUUUCGGGAGGACCCGGGUGGUCGUUCCGUGUGGAGAUGGGAAUAUAAAAGUCGAAAGCCUUAUCGAACAAGCGGCUAUGAGGUAUAAGAAGGCGAUCGCAAAGGACCCCAGCUACUGGGUCCAGGUACACAGGUUGGAGCAUGGAGAUGGAGGCAUUUUGGACCUGGAUGACAUGCUCUGCGAUGUGGUGGAUGACAAAGAUAGGCUGGUAGCUGUAUAUGAAGAGCAGGAUCCCCACAAUGGAGGGGAUGGUACCAGUGCCAGCUCCACCGGUACGCAGAGUCCCGAACCCUUCGUCAGUGGCAUGAGUUCGGCGUCGGCCUUUCAGCCCUACCAAACCACCAGUGAGAUCGAGGUCACCCCGUCCGCUCUGCGAUCCAGCAUGCCUCUCCAUGUCCGUCGCAGCAGUGAUCCCUCUCUGGCUGACCUAGUUCCAGGCGAAGUCCCGGUUGGUCCAGAGGAACCGUCCAGAAAGAACCCAGCACGAUGGUCCACCACGGUUGGUUUCCAAAAGCACAAGCACAAACCAAACGUAACCGCCGGCCCAGGCACAGGCAGUCUGGAACGAAAGGGUAGAGGAGGCAAUGCCUAUCGGAGUCUUCCUCGUGACACGAGUGGCUGGCCCACUCAGUUCCAGAGAGAAGUGACUCGAUCCUCCCUAAGCGCAAACCAUCCGAUGGUGGACAGAUGGCUUGACAGACAGGAACAGGAGGAGGAAGAGGCGGAGGAAGAAGAAGAGCGAAGGAGACAAGAAAGGAGGAUUGAACGCAUAGAGCCAGUAGGGAGGGCUGAUUCUUCUCUGGAACAUUCACCUGGGUUUAGUCUAGAAGGCCUGCUCAAGCCAGUCGAAGUGUCCAAUGGAGGAGGGCCCCUGGGGAUCCACGUAGUGCCGCUCAGUUCCCACGAUAUCAGGACGCAAGGCUUGCUGGUUAAGCGUCUGGAGCCAGGGGGAAAAGCCGAGCAGGAGCGACUCUUCCAGGAGAACGACUGUAUCGUCAAAAUCAACCAGGGAGACAUUCGCCACCUACGCUUUGAACAAGCCCAGAAUAUUUUCAAGCAGGCGAUGCGUGGCCAGGCUAUCCUCUUCCAUGUCGUCCCCGCGGCCUUCAAAAGACAUUACGAGAUACUGUUUAUCCAGAGCGAGCUCAGCCCGCCCCAUCCCAACAGAGUCCGCUUUAGCCAAGAUUCUCAACCGCCGAUGGACAGGUCCAGUCUUGUGGGGGGGAUGACACCCAGAACUGGACCACAACCAGGCUUCGACCAUGAGCACCCGGCGUCACUGGCAGGAAGCACCCCAGAGAUGAGCCGACGGUGCGCCACGUUACCGCACACCUUGGUCUCCAGGACCUCCUCUGUCCCCUCCCUCUCCCUGCAGCGCAGGGUGAGCACAAACCCGUCCGACAGCACCUACGUAAAGAACAAAGGACGCAGAUUCAACAUCCAGCUAAAGAAAGGUCCUGAGGGUCUUGGCUUCAGCAUCACAUCCAGGGACGUCCCCAUUGGUGGCAGCGCUCCCAUUUAUGUCAAAAACAUCCUUCCUCGGGGGGCCGCUAUCCAAGAUGGCCGAUUGAAAGCUGGAGACCGGCUGCUGGAGGUAAGUGGCGUGGAUCUGAAUGGAAAGAGCCAGGAAGAGGUGGUGGCCCUGCUCCGAGCCACGCCCAUGGGAGGGACUGUGAACCUGUUGGUGAUUCGCCCAGAGGACUCCCUGCUGCCCCGAGAAGUGCAGGCAGAAGAGGAGGACAUCGUGUUAACCCCUGAUGGUACACAGGAGUUCAUGACCUUUGAGAUCCCUCUAAGUGACUCUGGCUCAGCAGGCCUGGGGGUCAGCGUCAAGGGGAACCGGUCCAAGGAGAACCACGCUGACUUGGGCAUCUUUGUUAAAUCCAUAAUUAAUGGAGGUGCUGCUAGCAAGGAUGGCCGUCUACGAGUCAAUGACCAGCUCAUUGCAAUCAAUGGGGAGUCGCUGCAUGGUAUGACCAACCAGGACGCCAUGGAAACCCUGCGCACAUCCAUGUCUGUUGAGGGCAACAUACGAGGGAUGAUUCAGCUCAUCGUGGCCCGGCAUGUGUCCAAAAACAAUGAGGAAGCCCCCGGAAGCCCUCCAGUUUUAAUGAAUCCUGUGAACCCUCUACUGGACAACCAUGAGCGCCGGAUUUCAAACUCCCUGUAUGAAAGCAUUGACAGCUUGGAAAACCACACUAAACCGCAGGCUAAUACAAUCGGACGCAUUGGUAACCACCAGCUGUCUCCGACAGUGAACAUGCCGCAGGACGACAUAGUGAUGAUCGAAGACGAUAGGCCGCCCCUGCUUCCUGCCCAUCUUUCCGACCAAUCAUCCUCCAGUUCCCACGAUGACAUGGGCUUUGUGGGAGAGAACCCGGUGACCUGGCUCCACGAGCUGCCCGGUCAGGAUGAAUGCUCACUCAGUCCAGACGCAAACCCUGACGCAUCGUUCCAGAGGGAGGGCUUCGGACGCCAGAGUAUGUCUGAAAAACGCAUCAAACAGUUUGAGAAUGCUGCUGAGUUGGAGAUCGUCAAGACGCGCAAGUCCAAGAGUAUGGAUCUAGUAGCAGAUGAGAUUAACUGCAGCACAAGAACAAAUGAAGGUUCUAAAGAACAAGAUGUGGGACCAUCGCUGGGCCUGAAAAAGUCAAGUUCCCUGGAAAGCCUCCAGACGGCUGUUGCUGAGGUGACGCAGAACGGUGAGAUCAAAGUCAACAGGCCCCGCUCACGGAUCCUCAGGGGCCGCGGCUGCAACGAGAGCUUCAGAGCUGCCAUUGACAAAUCAUACGAGAAACCUGGUACCACAACACCAGAGGAAGAAAACAGCAUGGAGACAUUGGACGAGGACACGGAGGAAAGCUCCAGAUCAGGUCGUGAGUCGAUGUCCACCAGCAGCGACCUCAAUUUGGGACCAGGGAUGAACGGCAACCUUUCCAAAGAUGACAGACAGAAAGACAAGGUUGGAGGCAAGGAAAAGAAAAAACCUGAACGGGAUAAAGAGAGGGAGAGAGACAAGGACAAGAGCAAAGCCAAGAAAGGCGUGCUGAAGGGCCUGGGCGAGAUGUUCAGGUUUGGAAAACAGCGACCAGGAGACAAGAUGGAGAGGAAGGGCUCCAGUAAAUCUAAAGCUGAGGACAUGCAGGCGUCAGAGGACGAGACCCAGCGGAUGAGGCUGGAACAAGAGAGAAUACAGGCCAAAAAGCUGGAGCUUCGUGAAAGGCAGGAGAAAGAGAGGGAAUAUGCUGAGAUCCAAGAUGUUGUUGGCGGUACCUUCAGCUCAGAUGAAGAGCCCACCUACGCUGGCAUCGGAUCUUUAGACUCGUCGAUGGAUAGCAGCAGCAUGGACCCUUACAACCACCACUACCAUCUCCCGCAGAGUCCCCUGAGUCCUCCCCUUCCCAUCAGCCAUCAGGAAAAUGGGCCACCCUUGGAGGCUCUGUAUGCCCAGGUCAACAAGCCGCGCAAUGGACGCCCUGCAGCUCCAGACAGCAGCCAGAUGGCUCCCAGUAAUCACGACCGGAUAGUGAGGCUGAGGAACGAGUUCCAGCAUGCCAGGCACGAGGACGAUGUGGACGACCACAGGCACACCUACAGCUUCAACCAGUCCUGGUCGAGCAAUGGGACGGAACCACUGAGCGGAUGCCAUUCAGUAAACGUUGACUCGCAGCAGCCGCAAGAAGAUGAUUUCCAACAAGCACAGAGACAGUUCAGCUCCCUGCCACGGCCACCCCAUAAGACCCCCAGCACGGAGUCCCAGGACUCAUGGGACAAGGUGUACAUGCCUGAAGAUGGAUUGCAGCCAUCCAAGGAGAACCCUCGCCACCUUUCCAGCCAGGGGUCACGUAACGGAUACCUGGGGACGUCCAACUUCAAUGCUCGUGCCCUCUUAGAGACUCAGGAGCUGCUGAGGCAGGAGCAGAGGCGCAGAGAGCAGGAAGCCAAGUCCAGGCCUGCCUCCAUGCAGGAGACCCCCAGCAGCAUCGCCUACGACCACAGCAGAGAACACACUCAGGCCCCUGGCCCCGCCCCGAUGCAGGCCGCUCCUCAGACCAAGGGCCCCUACAGACAGGACGUACCCCCGUCGCCCUCUCAGCUCGCCAAGCUCAGCAGGCUGCAGGGCUCAGAGAAAGGGAGGCUGUUCUACUCUUGAGACAGUGACACGGUGGGACUUUUGGGAGAUUAAGUGUCUUCUUUUUGUAUGAACAUGCUGAGAAACAAAGAUUUUGAUGGGACUGUUGAUAGGAAAUGUUCAUAUUUAAAAAGGAUGUUUUUAAUGAUACGAACCAUUAUCCUUUUAAGCUGUCAAAAGAAAUGAAUUGCUACGUUUUACUGUCAUCUAACUAUGUGCAUAAGUGCCUUCUCGUCAAUCGAUUGUUCCCCUUUCGCCGGCAUCAGCCCCAUUUCUAUGGCUCAUGAUCUGCAGAUUUGACCCAUCCAUCUGAAAGAUUCAGUAGAGCAGACACCGCGGCAGAAGGCAAUUGGUUUGGGCCAUCGUGACAGCAGUGUGUCCCAAACAUAAUAACCCCGAGCACGAGACAUGUUUUUGCACCCCUCCCCGUGCUGGCGGGGGUCUUAGUCGAUACAUCACUUGUGUGAAUGAGGCUGGUUUUUUCAGGUCACUUCGACGAGCACAGCUUCUGCGUGUAAAGUGUGUGUGAGAGCGCUGGCUGGGGUCUGCAUGUGGUGACAGAGUGUGGAUGUUAAGCAGCUUGUGUGAGAGUCAGAGCUUGGGGUUAGGGCAUGACCCCCACCUCAGUUCAGAGAAAUGUCCCCUUUGGUUUCAGAUGCGACACUUACCCAGACUGCGUAUCCUCCUUUCAACCCCCUCUCGUAUUCAAUAUGAUAAUCCUGGAUUCUCCUCCUCUGCUGGCUGCUUUAUCUCAGUGUCUUCUCCUUCACAUUGUCACCAAACGUUCUCUCAGAGGAGGGAACAGCUUUAAAUCCCCCUUACUCCUACCCUGUCCUGCCCACCCAGGGAAACCAGUAGUGUGAGUGGGGUCGGGUCUGGGUUAUUAAUUAAUGUACCUCAUUAAAAAUGAAUGGCCCCCCUUUGUGUAUGUUUAUGUUGUCAUGUAUGUCGAGAUAAAGAAACAGGGACCUUGCCAGUGUAACCGAAACCUUUAGGUGUCUGAGUUGUUCCUCGCUGAAUAUUUCAUCAGCGCGGUUACAGAGCGAACCACAGCGCACUGCAGUAAGUGGCCUCAGAGCCAUCUGCACCGUACAAUGGAGCUGAUUUUGUUUUCUUUUCAUGAUUAUGUCCAUUGGUAGAAAACCAUGUUGGGGCCUUUCUGUGGUUGAAUCAAUAAUUAGUGGUGUGUGAGUGUGUUUGAUACUGUGUUUGUGAAUGGGUGUGUGUGUGUUUGUAUUUCCAUCCCUGUAAGAACAAGCUUUGGUUGUCAGAUUGAGAUUUUUUGCAAUGUGAGGAUGUUUCCUAAAACAAAGGUUCCUUUUGAGUUACAGUUAGGUUUAGUUAAGGUUAAGAUAAGAUGUAAAAUUGAUUAUUGAUUAACCCUGACUAGGCUUUUUAACAUAUUUGUUGGGUCAUUUCUUCAGUACACGUACAUGCACUUAGGAAACCAUGUAACACAGCUAACUGUAAAAUGUGGUUUCCUUAGAAACCCUGGUUCCUGUAGUAAUCUGGUAACAGCAGGUCAGUAAUCAGAUGUAUUCCCUGCCCCUGACAUCAUUCCUAAACAUAGCAUACUUUUUGUUAACUGUUCUAGUAAUGAUGCUUUUUGAUGAAUGUGAUUCUGUUUUACAAAUCCAUCAAUGUUUAGCCAUAGAAACCGAGAUCAAGAGGCUACUUAGUGUCAGUUUUAGUUGGGAAACAAUCAUGUUGACUACGAAUGCAUUUCCACAUGUAAUGAUCUCUCCCUCUGCACAGCUGUCCCUGCUCUUCUCUCUGUCUGAAGUCUUUGUCAUGCAAAUGCACACAUAGCCAAGAAAUCUGGCUUUUCCAGGAGAAAUCUGGCUUUGUAAAUCAGGUUUCUGUAAUCCCUCUUCCCAGAUUACAAAAAACGGGUUUCUGGUUUACAUUAUGAUCAUAAAAUCACCGGAAAAUACAACUGUUACCUGGCCUCUUACAGUAAGUGCAUGUUAACAAACAAUAGGAACAGGAAGUUACGAACUAUGCAAGGCCAUAUUUGAAAGACCCAUUGAAUUUGUACAUCUAGAAGUUAGAGUUCAUGGUUUCUAUGAACCAUGCGAUGGGUAGUAUAGGUAGGAAUCUAAAGUUAUUGCCCUAAAGGGUCUAUGGGUCUCACAAGUAGAGUGUUCUUAAUUAUAUAAUUGAUGUAGAAAACAGUACUAUCAUGUCGGUCUCCCAAUGUUCUAGUGUGUGUGGGUGGACAUGUGUUUAAGUGUCUGUAAACGCUGCCAGUAACUAGAUGCUCCAAUAUGUCUAUGAAUAUGUCUUGGCAGCCAUAUGAACCACUUGGCUGCUGAGUGGGAGAAGAGCAGAGCAGAGGAGUAGGAGGGAGAGAAGAUAGGAGGACCUGACCCCGCAGAUGAUUCAGUCAAUGGAGUAAUCACAGAUAUUCCUUGGAGUCUGCGGUACAAACAGGAGGUUACCCACCAGGCCACGCUCACUUUAGCUGUCUUUUCUUCUCCUCGUUCAUCUCUCCGUCUGUUUCAGAUGUUUCUUUUUCCACUGCAGAAUUGUGUGUGUGUGUGUGUGUGUGUGUGUGUGUGUGUGUGUUUGUGUGUGUGUUGUGGUGUGUGUGUGUGUGUGUGUGUGUGUGGUGUGUGUGUGUGUGUGUGUGUGUGUGUGUGUGGGUGUGUGUGUGUGUGUGUGUGUGUGUGUGUGUGUGUGUGUGUGUGUGUGUGUGUGUGUGUGUGUGUGUGUGUGUGAGAGGAGGUCCAACACUAUAGAAGCUGUAAUAACUGAUGUUUUACAUGUCUCCAUUAUGAACUGGGGAGGGGUUCAAGUGCCUGUGAUAUCUAAUGAGGUUUUUUUUCUCUCAUAUGCAAAUGUAAUAAUAUCCCAUAAUGCACGUUUAUUAUUUCUGUUGUGUAAUUAAUGUUUGUGCGCCGCCUCUGUGACAUAUGGAUUCUUCCCAUAAAGAUAUUGUUUCGGGGAUUUUCUUUUUCAUCCUGGGAGAAAUUAGAAACAUAUUGUUAUUGUUUCAUUGUGUUUUUUUAUGACCAUCCUUCAUUGUCUUUUAUUAUCCACAAUAUGGUACUAUGGUGGUAACAAAUGAUUUAGAUGUAAGCACAGUGCAAUUUUCCUUUUUACAUCGGUGUAUCAUUAAGAACUGUUUUUGCCAUUCUCUGUACAUACAAUAUAAAAUUCUUUUUCAGUGAAUAAA